UAAUCAUCUUAGUGGCCCUCCUCUAGACCUGUUCCAACAGCUCCAUGUCCUCCUUGUGCUGGGGGCUCCAGAACUGGACACAGAUCCCACUCUAAGAGGGGCCCCACGAAAACAGAGUAAAUAGAAGGGCAGAAUCACCUCCCUCGACCAGCAAUCUGCUCAUGUUUCUCCUGAUGCAAUCCAGGAUACGGUUGGCCUUAUGGGCUGCAAGCACACAUUGCUGGCUCACGCUGAGUCUUUCGUCAACCAAUAUUCCCAAAUCCUUCUCCUCAGGGCUGCUUUCAAGCCAUUCUCUGUCCAGCCUGUAUCAUGCUUGGGAUUGCCCUUGCUCAGGUGCAGAACCUUGCACUUGGCCUUGUUCAGUUUCAUGAGGUUGGUAUGGGCCCAUAUCUCAAGCCUGUCCAGGUCCCUCUGGAUGGCAUCCCUUGCUUCUAGCGUGUGAACUGCAACGCUUAGCUUGGUGUCGUCUGCACACUUGCUGAGGGUGCACUUGAUUCCACUGUCCAUGUCACCUACAAAGAUGACAAAUAACACUGCUGUGAACUCCGAUCCUUGAGGUACCCCACUCGUCACCGGUCUCCACUUGGACAUGUAGCCGUUGACAACAACUCUCUGAGUGCGGUCCUCAUUUUCCUUAUUUUUCUAGCAUGCACUAGAAGUCAAAACCAUGCUAGAGUAAAGGAAAAGUAUGGGAGUGUAUGUUUGUGUAUUCAUACUGACUUUGUUUUUAGUUAACUCAGUAUUUGCCAGGACUCUAAAAACCCAGAGGUAAAGGAAGCCAGAGAAAUGCAAAUAAACAGACAAGAAUGCACAGAGAAGUCACAAGCCUGACCUGGAUGAAAGGAAAGAGAAUCCUCAGCAAGUGUGCUGAUGAUAUGAAGGUAGGAGGAGUGGCUUACACACUGGAAGGCUAUAUUGCCAUUCAGCGUGAUCUGGCCAGGCUGAAAGUUGGGUGGAGACAAACUUUAUGAGGUUCAGCAAGGAGAUGUGUAGAGUCCUUUACCUGGGGAGGAAUAACAGCGUGUAUCUGUACAAGUUUCAGGACAACUAAGGACAACCUGCUGGAAAGGAACUCUGUAGAGAAGGACGCGGGAAUCCCAGCAGACAACAGGUUGACCAUGAGCCAGUGUGUCCUUGUGGCCAAGAAGGCCAAUGGUAUCCUUAGGGUGAAUUUAAAAGAGCGCGACCAAGUUGAGAUGGGGUUUUCUCCCCCUCUAUUUUGCCACUAUGAGGUCACAUGUGGAAUACUGUGUCCAGGUCUGAGCUUCAGAAUAGACAAGAAGCUUACAGAAAGAGUCUAGUGAAGGGCCACAAAGAUGAUUAGGGGCCUGGAAUAACUCCACCCUUACAUGGAUAGGAUGUGAAACCUGGGACUGUUCAGACUGGAAAAGAGAAGACUGAUGGGAGAUAUUAUUAAUCUUAUAGAUAUCUACAGAGUGAGUGUCAAGCAGGUAGAGCCAGGCUCUUUCCAGUGGUACCCAGUGACAGGUCCAGGGGCAGCAGGCACAAACUGCAACACAGGAAGUUCCAUGCAAAGAUGAGGAAAAGCUUGUUUAUUUUGAGAGUGAUGGAACACUGGAACCAGCUGCCCAGAGAGACUGGUGUCUCCUUCUCUAGAGAUAAUCAAAACCCACCUGGGCUCUUUCCUAUGUGCGGAAUCUGCUUUAGACUGGACUGGCUGAUCACCAGAGGUCCCUUCCAAUCCCUACAGUUCUGUGAUAAGAAUUGAGGAAAUGCAAUCAAUGAAAAAAGACUGAAUAAAUUAGGCUUGUUUAUGUAAGAGAGAGAAAAUGGCAAGCUGUUGAGUGUUUCAAAUCUAUGUUUUUACACAGUACUAUUAUAUAAGAAUAUUUUUCCAAAUGUCAGUGUUCCUUUUCUUUCAUGAGAGCAGUAGCUCUAUAAACCAACAUAUUCAAUAUAUAAAGUCUAAUAUAAAGUGUUUAUGCACUUGGUUUUCUAUGUCCAACAGAGAACAAGAUAACUUACUGGGUAAAAAAAAAAAAAAAAGGAAUAUUCAGAAGAAUUUUAGUACUCAUCGGGUAUUGAUAGAAUUCCUGGAGUAGAUUACUUAAAAAAGACCUCCAUUAUCUCCUUCAAGUUUUUAUAAUGUUGGAUUAACACUUGCCAGGGUUGGUUAAGGUUUUUUUCACCUGGCUUCAGUGUAUGUGGUUUCAGUAGGGAUCUGCUGCAAUUUCCACAGGCUCUCAUUAAAAUAUGAUGAAGGAAGAAACCUAGCCAAAGGAGUUCCAUUAUUUUUGAUAAUUCUUCAGUUAUAUUCUUAUCCUUAUCCUGCUACUUUCUGGAAUUUUUUCUCUCCUCACUGGUGAUAAUCAUGUUGUUGGUAUUAAAUAAGAGUACUAUACUUGUCUUUAUAAUACAAAAGACCAGUAAUCAAAAAGAAAUAGCUGUAGAACUACAUUUCCACAGAAAAGGAAGGAGUCCUGAAACUGCACAAGCAGGACUUGGGAUGGGGAAAAAGAAUGAAAACUGAUUUUUUACCAAUUUUACUCUCUACUUUCAUCUUCAUUUGCUCUUACAACAUCCUUAAAUCUCUCAGCAGAGUUCUCCCUGUAUUUGAUAAUCUUUCUCACUAGUUCUUUUUGUCCAGAACUUUAAUGUUUUUUGCAUGAUUCUACCUAUAACAGAAGUGGUGGUGGCAGGUGGUGGAUCAGGUUAGGUGUCAUAGGAACAACACCUGUCUGACUAAUACAUCACGUCUUCAUAAGGUAGAUGAUCAAAACUUGAAGAUAAAGGAUUGUGUGUCUUAAAUGUGUUCAGUGCCUUAUAAUACUCCUAUAAGUAUUUGCUUGCCACCAUUCUUGUUUUGCAUUGCACUCAGAAAGGCAGUUAAAAUGGAUGAUAAAUUGCUGCAAUUACUACUAUAUGUUAGUACUUUUUUAAGUGAUAAACAGAAAGAACUCAGAUACGACAUCUUAGCUUAGUUUUUCAACAAGACUGGAACACACCAUAAAAUUUAAAACUUGACUCUGCAGAGGUUAACUUCAUAGCUCUCUGUAACAUGAACAAAAUUAGUAUGCACUUAUGGACUUAGUUGUAUGUGCUUAAACUUUUGGAGUCGAUGUCUUUCUUCUGCUGCUUUUUCUCUAAUAUUCAAACAAAUAAGAAUAUUCAGUAAUUACUUUUCACCAGAGUAGGCAGAGCAUAUUCAUCUAAUAAAUGUUUUCCUUUAUAAGUGACAAUGGGCUUGCUAAUUUUAGAUAACGCCAUUUAAGUUUACAGUUGCUACUAAAUACUUGUGGAACAUUGUUCCCAACUGUAUAAAAUCUCAUUAUUUAUUUGAGAAAGUAUUUAAGCACAUCUCAAAAUGCCUCUACAGCAACAAAUUAAUAUGUUGAGAGGUAACUUUAUUGAGUGUUUGUUGGUAUGGUUGUUACUUUUAUACAGCAUUUGUGCUGCAUAAAAUAAGUCACCUGCUUCCAUGAGCUGAACACUUAUUUUUUCAGGUACUAAGUUCCAACUUGCAAACUCUCUGAAAUGUGUAGCAUCUCUAAGGAUGUAAGGCUGCUCAUUAAAAUUAAACUAGAACCAACAAGUGGAAAAAAGUUUGUAAAAACAAGGCAGUAAAGGAAGAAAAAUAAAUACCAAUGUUGAAUGCGAAUAUACGCUAUAUAUAUUUUUAUUGACAAAAUAGUGUGAGGUCUACCCUUGCAAUUUCCUAACUGCAAAGAAUGUAAAGAAAACUCACCAUAAGUAUAGCAUUUGCAUAGACAAAUGAAAGGAAUUCCUGAGAAGCUAAAUGCAGUCUCCACCUAAACCACAAAAUGUUAAUACAAAUUAUGAGUAUGUACAAGCCCAAAUUAAAUAAAUAGUUAUGUGUAUGCUUAUGUUUUAUUCCCUUGGGUGGUCCAGUUUCCUUCUGUGAAAGUACUCAUGCUAACAGUUAGAAUGUGUACUCAUAGGAAGAGAGUCUGAAGUCUCAUAAAUAAAUCCUGUUAUGUAAUAUCUGAUAAAGUUGUUUUUACAUCAGUAUCAAGAUUAGGAACACUGAAUGCAUGUCCCUGGGCCAGAUAUGAGUUCAGUGUCCUGUUCUAAUCAGUGGCCAGUGCCAGAUACUUUAGAGAAAUUCCUACGAUUUACAGGAGUAACAACAUAAUGGGAGAUAUGAUUUUUGCUAACUCUAAUCUUGUAUCUCAUUAAAUCCUGCAGUCCAAUUAUUUUCCUUGUUAGGAACAUUUUCUUAAGAAACUAAAGGAAACCAGAAAGUUCCUCUUAACCAGGAGGAAGGCAGCAAAUUUAGAACUGUUAAGAGGAUAUCUCUUGCUUUUCAGAUACGGCUAAGGUAUAGACAUUCAGAACUUACUUUAUCUGCUGCAGUUGCCCUGAUACACUUAGAAAGAAACAUAACUUCUCUCUUAUCAAAUAUUUUCACUUUCCAAUCUUUUUUUUUUUCAUACAAAAACAUCCUUUUAGUCUCCAUUCUUCUCAGUUUUCCCUCAUUCUUAAUAAAUUUGCAACACUCCUUCUGAAAACAGCGUUCAGCACUAUUUUGAAAUUAGCAGAAUUUGCACAACAGUAUCAACAUUUUUUUAUAUCAUUUCUGCUUUGUUAAACUUGUCUAGGCUGCAGAUUGAGUUGUCAACAUCAAAACAUCAAGCUUUUUAUAAAUUAUGGUUCUCAGAGCUGUCUCAUUCUUACUGCAGCCACCAGAAGACUCAGCAAGGAGCUCAAGUUUUUGAACAUGUUUGAGCAUAACUGAAGGUAGGACGGACAAAGAAAGAUAGUGUCAGUUCAACCAAAACCCUUAAGCUCUUUCUAAGAGUAAAGUCAAACUAGCAGUUCAGGUUUUAGUGUUACUUCGAACUGGUCUUCAUUGCGGUCUGUAAAUGUGAUCUCUCUAGCUCUUUUGUGCCUCAGCAGACGUUAGAUACCAUUGCCCGUUCGAUGUGAUUCUGAAGUAUCAGAAGCGUCCUCUUAUCACAGCAAGGAAAUCAGCUAUUUAGCUGUACUUUUCUCACCUCCUUUAUCUGUACCCAUGACUUUCCACACGUACAUGCCUGCAGAACUACUUAGUUGUCGUUCCCCCCCGCCUCACAGCACGGAGCAGCGCAGCACUGCCCUAUUCCCGCCUCAGACUUCCUGACAGAAACCGGAGCGCUCGCGGUCUGGGCGGGAGCCGCCCCCACCUCUCCUGACGGGAGCGGGUGAGCGCGGGCGGCGUUGCGCAUGCGCCAGCUCCGAAUGGUUGAGUUGGCGGCGUGUGGAAGAGUUGCGCGUGCGUGCCACGCAAAAGAGCCGCCGGCCGCGCGCGUUCUGCAGGCUCCCUCUAGGACGGCUUGGGCGCAUGCGCUUGGGGAGGGUGGUGGCAGACGCCGCGCAUGCGCACGGUGUGAGGCGAGGUGGUGGCUGGGCGGCCUGGAGGAGCCGGUCGCCGCUGCUGCGUGGAGUCCGGGUUUCGCCGCGGGGCCGCGUUCCGUCGGCGGUCGGGGAUAGGCCCCUGGCUGACCGGUCAGUAGCGAGUACGUCCCGCUCGGCCCCCGCCGCUAGGCCUGCCGCCGCGGCUGAAGAGAAGGCGGGGACGGCGCCGGCAGGAUGAAGCUGGUGAGGAAGGACCUGGAGAAGGAUAAUGCGGGGCAGGUGACGCUGAUCCCCGAGGAGCCCGAGGACAUGUGGCACACCUACAAUCUGCUGCAGGUGGGUGACAGCCUGCGGGCCUCCACCAUCCGCAAAGUGCAGACCGAGUCGUCCACGGGCAGCGUGGGCAGCAACCGCAUCCGCACCACCCUCACCCUCUGCGUGGAGACCAUCGACUUCGACUCGCAGGCCUGUCAGCUGCGGGUCAAAGGCACCAACAUCCAGGAGAAUGAGUAUGUCAAGAUGGGGGCCUACCACACCAUCGAGCUGGAGCCUAACCGGCAGUUCACGCUGGCAAAGAAGCAGUGGGACAGCGUGGUGUUGGAGCGCAUCGAGCAAGCCUGCGAUCCGGCGUGGAGCGCGGAUGUGGCAGCCGUGGUCAUGCAGGAAGGCUUGGCUCACGUCUGCCUGGUUACCCCCAGCAUGACCCUCACUCGUGCCAAGGUGGAAGUGAACAUCCCCCGCAAACGGAAAGGAAACUGCAGCCAACACGACCGGGCCCUAGAGAGGUUUUACGAACAGGUGGUGCAGGCCAUCCAGCGGCACAUCAACUUUGAAGUGGUGAAGUGUGUCCUGGUGGCCAGCCCAGGCUUCGUUCGAGAGCAGUUCUGUGAUUACAUGUUCCAGCAGGCAGUCAAGACUGACAACAAACUUUUACUGGAGAACAGAUCCAAAUUUUUACAGGUGCAUUCAUCAUCAGGACAUAAGUAUGCACUGAAGGAGGCACUUUGUGACCCAGCUGUAACUAGCCGUCUCUCUGACACUAAGGCUGCUGGUGAGGUCAAAGCUUUAGAUGACUUCUAUAAAAUGUUGCAGCAUGAGCCUGACCGGGCUUUUUAUGGCCUAAAACAUGUGGAAAAGGCCAAUGAAGCCAUGGCCAUUGAUACUUUGUUGAUCAGUGAUGAGCUCUUCCGGCACCAGGAUGUGGCUACACGUGCCCGGUAUGUUAAAUUGGUAGAUAGUGUACGGGAGAACAUGGGCACAGUGCGAAUUUUCUCCAGCCUUCAUGUGUCUGGGGAGCAGCUUGGCCAGCUGACAGGGGUAGCAGCUAUUCUGCGCUUCCCUGUUGCUGAGCUCUCUGACCAGGAGGAUGAGUCUAGCUCUGAAGAGGAUUGACAACAGCGCCUUCAUUUCACAGUAUCCCUUCCAACUGACAUCAAAAUGACACUAAAAGUCAUCCCUAAAUACGAUGUGCAGAUGUACCAUGAUAUGUAACUUAAGUUUUUCAUAGUAUUUCUUAUACUAUGUGUUUCUUCUCAUCACAUGUCUAUUCCAUGGUGAAGAUGAUUGGAAUGCUGAGAACUAGGGCUGACUGGUUUUGUAAGUUACACCCUGGAUCUCCAGCAGUACCAGAAACAGAUAUCAGACCCCAAAGCUGCUUGUUCUUCAUGUUAAGGCAAACUGUCAGCUUAUUCUUUUUGGAAUGUGUAUGAAAAGAUAAUAAACCAUGAAGCAGAAAA